AUGAAAGUACAGACGGGGUUGACAAUAGCCGUUUUGGCUUCCACGGCAUGCGCGCUGCCCGCUGAUGGCGUGUUCCGGGUUCCGGUGCACAAGAAGACCGUUAACUUCAGCGAGGGCGGGACGAUCCAGGCCCACAUCGCUGCGGUGUCGAAGAAGCACGCAGCUGCGGGCGGCGUGGAGGGCCGCAACUCGACUGGGAGCGACAGAUCGUACGGCGUGGACAUCGAGACCUACCGCUACACGCAGUAUUCGAUUAACGUGACGCUGGGCACGCCACCACAGGCGUUCUCCGUGGCGCUCGACACGGGUCUUGCGAACUUGUGGGUGCCUUCAGCGCAGUGCUCCAGCUGGAGUUGUGUGCGCGGCAAGAAGUACAUGCACGCAAACUCAUCGACCUACAAGAGCAGCGGCGAGGAGGUCGAAUUGGCAUCUGGGACGGGCUCCAUGCAGGGGUACUUGUCCACGGACGUGCUCGGCAUGGGUGACGCUGUGCUCGGCGAGCAAGGGUUCGCGGAGGCCACGUCGUCGGUUCUACCUUUCAUCGCAUCGUACCAGGGUGUGUUCGGGCUGGGCCACCGCGAACUAGCGAAGGGCGGACAGGUGCCACCCAUCUACAACAUGAUGGAGCGCGGCCAGCUCAAGGACCCUAUGUUCGGCAUUUUCCUACCAAAGAACCUUGCACACAUCAACGAGGGUGAGAUCAUCUUCGGUGGCUACGACAGCACUAAGUUCGCCGGCUCGCUAGAGUGGCUACCAAUCACCAAGAAGGGCUUCUGGGAGGUUGAGUUCAACUCUAUCUCUACCGGCGAGUCGACCGUCCAGGGCGAGGGCCUAGGUGCCAUCUUGGACACCGGCUCUUCGUUGACCUUGCUACCAACUGAGAUCUUCGACAAGUUCAAUGGCGCUCUAGAGGCCGCCCUAGGCAGCAAGACUGGCGGCCGGGUUUCAUGCUCCGCCAGAGAAACUGCUCCUGAGAUCGUGUUCGAGCUUGGUGGGAAGAAGUUCGCCAUUACCGGUAACGAGUACAUCAUGCCAGCAGGCUCUGAGUGUAUGGUCACCAUCCGCCCUCAGGCUAGCGGUGCUCAGUCCAACGUCGUGAUCCUAGGUACUCCUUUCUUGCGCAAGUUCUACAGUGUCUAUGACCUAGGCAGUGACCGCGUCGGUUUGGCAGAGGCUAUCUAA